AGUUCACGAAAGUGGCGUUUCGGACCGCGAUCGGAUUCGUUGUUAUGGGAUUCGUUGGGUUCUUCGUCAAGCUCAUCUUCAUCCCCAUCAACAACAUCAUCGUCGGAUCUGGUUGAGUGUUGGUUGAAGAAACAAAAGGAUGUCCUAUUUCCUGCUUUACAAGAGAUUGGGGAAAAUGUUAUCUUGGACUUCUGGGCUUACUUUGGGAAAAGGAGAGGCUGCCUCGGACUGGCUCUACAUCUACCCUCCUGGACUAAAAGAACUCCUUCGAUACAUCAAGAACAAAUACGAUAACCCAGUUGUUUACAUUACAGAGAAUGGUGUUGAUGAGACCAACGAUGCAUCACUAGUAUUACAGAAUGCCUUGAAUGAUGACGUAAGAAUUGACUACCACAGACAACAUCUACAUGCAGUACAUAAGGCUAUCAGGGAAGGGGUGAAUGUGAAAGGAUACUUCGUGUGGUCACUGUUCGAUAACUUUGAAUGGUCAUUUGGAUACACACUUAGGUUUGGCUUAUAUUAUGUGGAUUACAAGAACCUAGAGAGAUAUCCCAAGAGCUCAGCUCUUUGGUUUCAGAGGUUUCUCAGACCAUGAAUAUGUAUAAUAACUAUAUCGAGUUGAACCCAAAUUCUGAAACCGAAUAGGAUAGCUAAAUUUCUGUCUUAAAUUGGAAGCUUUAUUUCCAAUAUCAUUUAUAUUCUGGAAAUAUCUAAUUUGCCUAACUGAACUUUUCUUUCUAGCACUUGUACAAGGGAUUUAUCCUUACUGAUUACAACUUCGGACAUGUAGCAGUGUACUAUGAAAUUUUAUGCUGAAUUUUCUUUUUUAUGCUGUAAAAAAAAUAGCCUUCUUAAUGAACUUUUUGCUAUAAAUGUUUGUAACACAUUAUCACUUUCUUUGUCCUGUGAUUCGGUAUAUACAUGUAAAUGUUUCUCUGCUUCUAUCAUUGGUUUAUCUCUAGCUAUUAUAUGUUCGUAACUAUUAUAUGCAUCUGACUUGAAGUUUCUAACA